CGACUGGAAUUCGAGAACCUCAGGGAGGGUCGUGUGACAUUUGUCGUUUAUCCACAUAAACUUCCAGGAAUUAAAAAUAUUUUCGAGAUAAUAUCUGCUGUCCACGGUCCUGGGAUAAUAAGGUGGCUCAGCCAUGAACAAGCUACGGCAGAGCUUCCGGCGGAAGAAAGAUGUGUAUAUGCCGGAGUCUAGCCGGCCACACCAGUGGCAGACAGAUGAGGAGGCAGUCCGCAGUGGGAAGUGCAACUUUGCUGUCAAGUACCUGGGCCAUGUAGAGGUGGAGGAGUCUCGUGGGAUGCACAUCUGUGAGGACGCUGUCAAGAGGCUAAAAACGGACAGGAAAUUCUUCAAGGGCUUCUUUACAAAAGCGGGGAAGAAAACAGUGAAGGCUGUGCUGUGGGUAUCAGCCGAUGGGCUCCGAGUCGUUGAUGACAAGACAAAGGAUCUGAUCCUGGACCAGACUAUAGAGAAGGUGUCCUUUUGUGCCCCAGACCGGAACUGUGAGCGUGCCUUCUCCUACAUAUGCAGGGAUGGAACCACACGGCGCUGGAUCUGCCACUGUUUUAUGGCAGUCAAAGACUCAGGGGAGCGGCUGAGCCACGCGGUAGGCUGCGCAUUCGCUUCGUGCCUGGAGCGGAAGCAGAAGAGGGAGAAGGAGUGCGGGGUAACAGCCACCUUUGACGCCAACAGAACCACCUUUACCCGGGAGGGGUCCUUUCGUAUCACCACAGCAACUGAGCAGGCAGAGCGGGAGGAGGCCUUGAGGCAGAUCCAAGUUGCCAAGAAGGUAGACACAGAGACCCCUGUCUCAGUGAGCUCCACCCCUCCAGCGGUGGCCGUACAGGGGUCUCCUUCCCCAGCUUCCUCACCACCGAUGCCUCCCUCCUCUCUGGGUGCCCCGGAAGCCAACCCUCAUGCCAUCCCACGCAGACAUGCGCCUGCUGAAGCACUGGCCCGCCAGGGUUCAUUCCGGGCCUUCCCUGCACUGAGCCAGACCUCACCCUUCAAGCGACAGCUGUCCCUGCGCAUGAAUGAGCUGCCCUCCACCAUGCAGCGGAAGUCUGACUUUCCUGCGAAGGGCUCGGUUCUGGAGCUGGAACCAGAGGGGGACAGCAUCAGCUCCUUAUGCACGCAGAUCACAUCUGCAUUCAGCGGCCCUCCUGAAGACCCCUUCUCCUCUGCACCCAUGCCCAAGCCCACAUCUUCCCCACAGUCACCAGCUGUGCCAGUGAAUGGUUCUAGCCCUCCUACAGCUCACGUGCUGAACACGGCCCCCCCGGUACUGCCCCCACCGCUGCCUGCUCGAGAUACAAACCCGUGGGCUAAAACUCCUGCAGCAGCGCCGAGCCAAACCCACCCAGGAGACUUGAUGAACCCUGCUGCUACUGCUGCCCCUUCACCGAUGAGCUCCACCUCAGCAGCCCCGCCCUCUCACAAACGCACCCCCUCAGAGGCAGAUCGCUGGCUUGAGGAGGUGUCCAAAUCAGUGCGUGCCCAGCAGCCUACCCCCAGCAUGGGAACACCUCCACCGCCAGCCCAUCAUACCCCAGUCCCGGUGGCCUCAUUUGUGCCCCUACUGCCCCCUCACCAGCCCGCCUACCCCCCUCCUUCCCCAGCCUCCUACCCACCUCCUGCUCCAGCCUCGUACCCCAUGCCCAAUGGCCUGCCGUACGGCCAGCUAAGCGUGCCGGUUGUGGGCAUCACGCCGUCCCAGAUGGUGGCUAAUGUGUUUGGCACACCUACGCCAACACACACCCCACCCCAACCUGUACCAGCCCCACACAUACCCUUCCCCCAGUACGAUGCUAGCGCCACCUCCAGCCCCUUCUACAAGCCUACGCUGCCUCCCGUCACUGAUGGCAUGCCCCAGUCCUCGUUGCACCCUAAUGGGAGUGCAGCCUUCAAUGGGGCACAAAGCUGGGCUCCUCCCACCCAGGCCACAUCUGCACAGCCGCAGGCUGACGCCUUUGAGGCCCAGUGGGCAGCGCUGGAGAGCCGUUCCCGCCAGCGCACCACUCCCUCCCCCACAAACCCCUUUUCAACUGAGCUUCAGAAAACAUUUGAGAUCCAGCUUUGAGACCGAGAGGCUCCAAAAACAAGGGAGGGGGAGAUGAAGGCAGUGAAGGGGGAGCUGCCCGAGCCCCUCCUCAGGCAACACAAAACUAAGCAGCAGGUGAAGGUUGGGACGCCUGUGAUGUCACCAGGAGACAUUUGCAGCAAGGAUACCUGAGGAAUGAAUAGUACUGCAUUCCAGGUUCUGAUUUGCAUCACUGUAAACUCAUUUUAUGUGUUAUGUUGACAAGCUUCUCAAAUCUGUGGAAGUGUGGCACAGGCUGCCCCUUGGCCUCCCCCGUCAGCCCUGGGGCUGCAGGGUAAGGUGGUCGAGUGUCAAUCGUUUUGUGCUCUCCCACCUUAGCCCUUGCUCUACGCUUGCACUGCCCUGCAGACUUCACCAGAAAGACUGAGCUUCUGGGAUUUCAGUAUGGCACACACAGAAGAAUGGAGAUGAAGAUGAGAAUGCCAAAAUCUUUAUUUUUAUGCAUUUAUUAUAUUUUAAAACACUGAAGAAUUUAAAAGACUUGUAAAUAAUCUUGCCAAAGGUGCAAGCUAACCACUGUCAGAAUGGGUGUUUAUAUAUACAC